CCCCGCGUCCCGGCCACGCGACUGGCUCUGCAGAACUUCGACAUGAACUACAGCUUGCAGUUUAAGGACGCCUGGCCUUCCAUCCGCGUCAGCCUUCUGUCCGAGCAGAAACCCCUCAGCCUUCGUGCCGAGCAGAAGUACGGCGCCCUCGUCAACAACUUUGCGGACGUUGGCCGCGUCACCCAAGAGCUGGAGCUGUUAAAUGCCGUGGAUUUUAUUUCUGAAGCCCUGCACAAGGUCCAGCGUUUGCAGCGGGAUCCGGUUGCAGAACAAGCAGGGAGGGAGGACGGCGCGUCCCAGGAAGCGCCUGGUGAACACCAGGCUGUGAAACAGGCAGAGGCGCCGCCACCGCUUUCUGCCUCUGUCACCUCCAAUAUCAAGUGUUACACGUUCCCCAGAGGCGAUGUCACUCGCUUUCGUUCUGCACGGCCAGACAUUCUGGGGAUCCUCAACUAUUAUCUCAUGGAUGCAGCAUCUGUUUUGCCUGUUUUGGCACUUAACAUUCAACCUAAUGACUUUGUCCUUGACCUCUGUGCAGCUCCAGGUGGCAAGACUCUGGCUAUCCUGCAGACGGGGUUUUGUGGGCACCUGGCAGCCAAUGAUGUCUCUAUUUCUCGCACAAGGAGGCUGCACCAGAUUCUCAAUAGCUAUGUUCCCAAGCAAAUCAGGGAAGCUGUGUGCGUCACUUCAUGGGACGGAAGGAACUGGGGGGAACUGGAAGGUGGAACUUUCCAUAAGGUCCUUGUGGAUGUUCCCUGCACGACUGACAGGCACUCCGUCAUGGAGGAGGAGAACAACAUCUUCAACAAAAGGAGAUCCAAGGAGCGUCAGAUGUUGCCAAUGCUGCAGUUACAGCUGCUAGUGGCUGGGAUCCUUGCUACCAAGCCAGGAGGAGAAGUUGUGUAUUCUUCGUGCUCCCUCUCUCAGCUGCAGAAUGAAUAUGUGAUCGAGAGAGCCGUAGAAAUUGCAGAAACUGAAUUUAACAUUGGUACCCAUGUCGAGGACUUGAGCCACUUCCGGACCCUCUUCCAGGAUACGUUUUCUUUCUCCUCAGACUGCAGGCUGGGGGAGCUUGUUCUUCCUCACCUUACCGCCAACUUUGGACCUAUGUAUUUCUGCAAAUUACGUCGAGCGUAGAGGGAAUGACAGACCUCUUGGCUCUGUGGCAGCUUCAGUUUCCCCACUGUACCUUCCUGGGCCAUCUUGAAUGGAACUGAUCUUGCUUCCCUGCUGCUGGCUAUAAUGAAGUACCCCAAGUUUCUAGGGAAAGCAAAACUGCUUUGUAUUUAUUUUUCUUUUUAAAAUGUCCUAAAUGAAACCUGCUCUUUACUGCAGGCAUUGAGAAUAAAUGAGAAAGACCUACCA